AAGCACUUAAAAUUAGAUGGAUAAAGAAAAAAUCAGUCAGUUUAAGAUAAAUCUUUGCAAUGAAAACAUAUAAGAAUAUUAUAGUUGGGAUUACUUUUGUGGCUAUAUUUGGAUUAAACCAUGUGAAAGGAUAUGGUCAUGGGACAGUUACGGCGGGUUUAUCUACUGUUGAUGUUGAUAAAAUAGAAAAACCCGGUAUCUUAACAUUAGAUGCUGCAAUAAAAGGUGGAGGUGAUUUAAACAUAAAUGAAAGUGGUGAGCAUCAUCAGCAACAAGUACAUCAUGAAAAUCAACAAAAUGUCAAAAUAGGUGGUAUAACAACAAGUAGUUCUGAAUUUAGUUUAACAAAAGGAGGAGAUGUAAACCAAGAAAAUAUUGAUAAAGCAGUUCAUGAAUUGCAAUCAGCCGUCCAAGAUAUUUUAGCAUCAGGGGGUAAAGGAUCUUUUGAAGUGCAUUUACAUUCUUCCGGAUCUGACAAAAAGUGCUUAGGGGACAUAUGUAAUCUUCAACCUGGAGGAGUUGAAAAAAUUAUUCAACAUAAUGAACAAUCUGGGCAAGGUACCAUAUCGGCUACCGAAGAACAUCACGUUUCCUUGCCACAAGAAGUGAAUAUUAAUACAGCUCUUCAUUCUAGUAAUAUCGUACAAGAAAUGUUAAACAAAGCAUCAAAUAUACAUCAUCAAGAAAAUUUAGAAUCUGAUUUAAAUUUAUCUGCUCAAAAACAUUUCAUUUCAAAUUCUGAACAGAAGGAACAUCAUACUGCAAGCUUGGAAACAGGAAGUUUAAAUGCGGGCGGUAAUAUCGCUCAUUUAGAUGAUGGCGGUCUCAAUAUUCAUAAAAUAGGGGGUAUAAAAACAACCAAUUCAGAAUUUAGUUUUACAAAAGGAGGAGCCGUAAAUCAAGAAAAUAUUGAUAAAGCAGUUCAUGAAUUACAAUCAGCUGUCAAAGACAUUUUAGCAUCAGGAGGUAAAGGAUCUUUUGAAGUACAUUUACAUUCUUCCGGAUCUGACAAAAAAUGCUUAGGGGACAUAUGUAAUCUUCAACCUGGAGGGGUUGAAAAAAUUAUUCAACAUAAUGAACAAUCUCAGCAAAGUACAAUAUCAACUACUGGAGAACAUCACGUUUCCUUGCCACAGGAAAUAAACAUUAAUUCAGCUCUUCAUUCUAGUAAUAUCGUAAAAGAAAUGUUGAACAAAGCAUCAAAUAUACAUCUUGAAGGAAACUUAGAAUCUGAUUUAAAUCUAUCAGCUCAAAAACAUUUAAUUUCAAAUUCUGAACAGAAGGAACAUCAUACUGCAAGCUUGGAAACAGGAAGUUUAAAUGUAGGCGGUAAUGCUGCUCACUUGGAUAUUAGCGGUCACAGCAUUGAUAAACCUAUUAAUACUUUUGUUGAAGAUAAUAUUGGUUCAAUAUUGAAACCCAGUAGCGGUGUAACAGAGCACAAAGCUCACGGGACAGGAUCACAUAUUUCAAGUAGCGGAACUAUCAUUUCUUCGAGCGAAGCAGGACAUGCAUCUCACAAAAUUGACGAAUCCAUUCAACAUCAAAAAAAUCCCAAUGGUGGAAUAAAUAUUGAAGCGACACAUACAAAUGGUUUUCCGAAUUUCGGUUCAAGUGCAUCACAAUCGGUAGCCUAUGGAAAUGCGGGUUCAUUUGGCGGUUACGGUUCUGGUGGUUUUGGUUUUCAAGCUAACCCUAACUUAUAUGGAAGGCACCCUGGUAGACAAAACUUUCAUUUCGCAGGAGGUCAUCAUGGGCACCUAAGUAACGGAGGUUUCGGAAUUUUCCCGGUGCACCCCAGCUAUCAAAUUGGUUUCACUGGUUUUGGAGCAGGGGUACCCACUGGAGAUUUUAGUAAUGGUAUUGUAACAGAUGACACAUAUGGAAAUUCUUACAGUUUAUAUGGAGGCGCAAACGGAGCUCAUGUAAUUUCAGGCAUGAGUUUAGAAGGAAGUGGUCCUGGUGGAAUUCUAACUCCAAGUAAGGAAAGUUUUGAAUCUCAUGUAGGAUCUCAUGAACAGGGCUCUGGUAACAAAGUAAUACAUAGUAUAAGCAGUUUAGAAACAGGCGUGGUUAAUAAUGCGGCAAUUCAAAACACAAAUCCUGAACUGAGUGGUGUUGGUCUUCAUACUUAUGAAAGCGGGGAACCAUCAAUUAUAAACGACAAUAAAUACAUACAUGCUGCAAAUAUUAAUGAGGAUAAUAAGGGUAAUAUUGGUCAUGUUAGCGAAAAUGGUAAAAAAAAAAUUACCCAUCAUGAACAACAGACAAUCCACAAAACAAUCCAUAAAGAUGGAAAAGUUAUCAAUAAGAAUAUCCAUAAAAGUUCUACUCACACCGUAACCAAGCAUGGUGGAUCUCGCGAAAUUAAAAAGGAUGAAGCCCAUUUAAUUAACCCAAACGCUGAAAGUCAAUUUUUACCUCUUAAUGUUGCCGAAGAUGGGAAACAUAAAAUCGAAGCUGGUGAAAUUCAUAGCAAUACCGGAACUUUGGCAGCAGGUGCGCAUGUCGAUAGCAGCCUUUUGGCUCAAAAAAUGAAUGAAGCACAUUUAGGAACCAAUUUUCAGACUAAUAUAGACAAGAUGGUUCAAGCAGGCCAUGCUUUUGAAAAUGAAGAUUAUGUGUCUAGUUUGGCCACUCAAACAGGUUCAGGCAUCCAUAGUGCUUCCACCGCUAUUGGGAGUCAUCAUUCCAAUGUAAAAGGUCCUGUUGAUAGUCAGAAUACUUUGGGUAUUGGAGUUCAUAAAACCGUUGGAUCUCAGCAAAAUAGAAAUCAUGCGGGAAUCGGUUUCAAUGGAGAAAGUGCGUUUGGUGGUUAUGGUGGUUCAGGUGGCUUAAACCAUCAACAUGUAGGCUUUACCGGUUAUGGCUCUGUACCAUUAAGAGGUUACAGUGGAAAUUAUGGAGCUCCAAAUUAUAACUUUAGAACUUCUUUCUUAAGCGGAGGAUUUGGAGGUUAUGGAAACAAUCCAAUUACAGGUUAUGGAAUUACGAUACCGUCAAAGGAACCAAUUAUCAACUUGCAAGGGGGUAAAGGUUACGGCGGUCAUUAUGGCAAAUGAGUGAUUUUUAAUUAAAUUAAGUUUUUUGUAGUAAGGAUUUCUAAAAGUAUUAGUAGCUAGAAUUUUUUUAUAAACAAUAUAUGCGUUAAAAAAUAAAAAACAAAAAUUUUUA